GUUUGGGUUCGCGAUUGACAAGUCCAAUAUCAUCGUGAUCUAAACAGGACAAUACAGAAGUUACCUUAUAGCUGAUAACUGUUUGGUUUCAAGUAUGUGGGAAUUUUGAGUAUGCCAAUAUGUCAUUUCUGAAGAAGUUUGGCCAAAGAAGCAGAGAAAGAGCUUUCACAGAUCGUGCAAAUCGAGAACAGGAUCCAGAUUCUGUGCUUGCAGACGACGAUGAUCGAGAUCCUUUUUCCGUGAACAUCACUGGUACACUUGACCUUACGAUACCUGAUGACGAGUCGAACAACGCUACAACACCUACAUAUGAUGCUCAGUCCCCACACUUGUUGCCUCUCAAUGUUGAUCCACCAGGGACUGUCCAUGUUGCAUUUGAAGUGACAUCCGCUGAGGUUAUUAAAGAUCAAAGAUCCAGCUAUGUUUUAUACACAAUCCUGGUAUCCAGCAGCUCUGGCGUGGAAAGGUUGCCAACCACGGUUGACCGUAGAUAUUCAGACUUUGAGAAACUCAACUCAGUACUUAAAAAAAAGCACCCCCACAUUAUGGAAGAUGUAUCUUUUCCAAGGAAAUUGUUAGUUGGUAAUUUUAGCAGUGAAACCAUUGCACAUCGGAGCAGAUCCUUUGAGCAAUAUCUAAGCCAUGUGUUUUCAGUUUACGAGUUGCGGUACUCAAAUGAAUUGGCAGCAUUUUUCUACCUUAACGAUGCAAAAGAAGGAUACUCAUUGUUAUGCAGUGAACAAUAUCUGGAAGCAAUUUCUCUGUUUGAGAAAUGUCUACCUGUGUGUGAAAAACUGUAUGGUGGUGGUCAUCUAAGAGUUGUCUCCCUUCUGCAUGCCUUGGUUGUGUGUUAUCAUGCAAUAGAGAAACUGAACAAGGCUCAGAAGUAUGCCGAGGUUGCACUAAAGAGCACCAAUGACCCAGUGGUGGAUGAACCCAGUAUUGCCCUCAUCAAACUGUCCAUCCGUCUGUGCUGGUCUUUGGGCAAGGACAAACAAGACCUUGAGAAGAGGCUACAGGAGUUAAAGGCCAGGAAGAUCAAUGUGGAUAAUGUGCCCGAUCUGAAGGAUAUUGUCAAACUGAACACAUUGGUCUGAUUAAAGAUGCUAUGCCUUUUAAUGAUUUAUUGUUGUUAAAAAUGUUUUGAUUAUUUUCAUUGAUGUUAAAUUAUUACAGAGAUAAUACAAUUUAUUAUGUUUAGAAAAUGGCAACAAUUGUUCCAUUUCAUUCCAUAUGUAUUUGGUAUGAAUGCUGAAGUAUGGCAUGUCUAACUGUAAAUGCAGAUUGACAUUUGUUAUUUCCCUUUGAUGUAGCUAACCAUAAGCAGUUAAUAUAUUCAGGAUCUGACAGAUUGAGUAUGGUUAUCUGAUUGAGUGUAAUCUGUGUGAUCUAAAAGCAAUGAAGUGUUGGUACAUGUAUGACAAGUAUAUUUUAUGUAAACAUUGCGUUUUAAUCAUCAAUGAAAUGAUAUUUUGAUAUUUAAGAAAUAAACGACCAGGGGGAGUUGUUUGUUGUACAAUAAAAUACUGCAUGGAAUAUAAACGAGGGGCAUCUAUUUCUUAUACAUGAUACCAACAUUAUUUACAGCCUCUUAAAGAAUGUCAAUAAACUUUACAAUUUAUCGCGUAGCUAUCUUAUAUUAUUUGAUAACGCAUGUACAUUCUGUGGUAUAACAUAAUUUGUUAAAUAUAUGCAUUGUUGUAUAUUUACUGUUUUGUGUAUCAUAUCUGUAAAUUAGACAUUGUUAGAGCUGGUACAUGCAACCUAGUACUUCUAUCUGCAGUCACAAGACCACACAAGCCCAGCCUUAAGUCUGCAGUUGGAAAUAAAGACAUUUAGGAAAAUAUACUUUAAGCCUGCAGAUGUCUAAUCGCAAUUAUUGGAUUAUUGCUAACUGGAAUGAUAGAUUGGGAUACCAGGAUAUCCACCACCCAUGGCUGUCCACGUUGAUAAGAUUUGCUAAACAAACUAUUGUGUAUACAUAUGUGCAUUCAAGUGGUUACAGAGUUAUUUCCCUUUGACCAUAAACCGUGGUUGCAGAUUUCCGACGUCCCAAACAUAUUCUCCGCAAGCAAUGAAGAACUUUAACCUGCGAAUAUUGGGAAAAGUUACCUGGUAAAGUCUAUGAUUAUAUGAAACGAACAGUAAAUUAAGUUGCCAUGUAAAUUAGGCUUGUGUUUUUUGAGACAUGGGCACUUCUAAUGUGGUGUAGUAGCCCCCGAUGUUAUGCUGAAGUCUCAUUUCCUUGAUGAUUACUUAAUUUGUUUCGUGUCCGACUCAUAUGCAAGCUUUGUACAGAUAUCCACAACCUCCUGACAGUAGGCUGACUGAGGUUGGUACAAGUGGGAUUAUUUGUACUCCCAUGAUGACCCCAGAUAGUGAUGUACAUGUGGCUUGUGAAGGGAUACCAGCAUGAAGAUAACACCUUGUGACUGCAGGACUUUCAGUGAAAAAUUUAAUUUUAUACUCAUUUACUAAAUAUACUUUUAUUUUGUCCUUGUUGACUCUUAACUCAGUAUAUCUGGCUGUUCUUGCCUGUUUCACCAUUUUGCAUAUCUGCUGGUUUUGUUCUUUGUUUACUGUGCAACUCAAGUUGUUUUUCACCAAUAUCUUUAAUGUUCUUUCCUUAAUAUUUUUCACCAGUAUUGUUGCAGAAAGAUGAUUAAAGUUAAUAUUGAGUAUUGACCGAUACCAGUAAUGUUCUGAUUUCCCUACAUGCAGGUAUUUCAAUAAUAGAAGAUGUAUUUGCCAAGUUUGCUUAUAACAAUUAACAUUGUCUUGUUUAAGAAAUGCACAUUUGAUUUUUUUACAAUGAGCAUGUACAAAAACCAUGUCAUUGCAUCACAAAUGGAUGACAGACCCGCAGUCAUCCUGAAGCUGUGAAUCACUGGUUGUACUUGUACAGUAUAUAUUGUUUCUUGAAUUUUAAACACAUUGUUAAUGAUUCCAGAUCUGAAGAUGAUGAAAUGGGUUAGGGAAGAUUUGUUUUGUUUUGUUGAUAUGCUUCUAAGUUCAAUGAAGACUGUUUCUGCUUCUGUUUGCAAGGCAGCAGUGACUUCCAUUGUGCCCCUUUGGACAGUGUCCUCUCACAUUAUGUUGAAAACAUCUACAUGGAUAUAUUCAAAACUUCAUUGUUUUGCAUAACCAUGAUUAAUAUAAUCUUGACAAUUUCUCUGGGAAUAGUGUUUGAUGGCAUGGUCAAUUGUACAUGGCUUAAAUUUUAUUGCGUGCCUUUGAAAAUGGGACUAUUAUAUCACCAUGCACUGCAUUAUUUGCAGUAUAUAUACAGUCACAUACCAGUAUAUAUGAUGAUCUUCCAAAAUCUGUCUUAGGAGCUGACCAUUUAAUAUUAUAUUCCCCCCAAAUUCAUGAAAAAAAUAAUGAUGCUUCAGACAGUUGAAAAAAAAUAAAAUAAAUAAGCUGCCAUAAAAAUUACAUUGUUGCAAGGUGUUUUUACUCUUUUUUUAAAUCAGGCUAAUAGAUAUCUAGUUUUGUUGCUGUAGCUGAAAAAGUAUCUCAUCUUGAUGCAAAAUGCCAGGCCCCACCAGAAUAUCAAAUGGUCAGCAGUCCCUUACAUGAUGCCGGGAUGCAUAUUGGCACUACCAGGGUAUCUGUCACUGAGGCUGAUGGUAAAGGUACCCUGGGGGAUGGUUAAAUUUCAGUCCUUAGAAGUUAUCAAUAUUCGGGCUGGUAUGGUACAUGUUAAGUUGCACCAUGCGUGAUGUCUUCGGUAGAUUCUAAAUCUGAUUAGAUGUCAUGUGGGGUUACAUUUAUAAGACAUGGCGCAAGCCACAAGAAGACCAGUAAAACCAAGCAUAUUUCAGUUUGUGUAAAUAAACUAUAAAUAUCUUUAUCCAGGAAUGAGAAUUUUCUGCAGAUCAAAGGAAUUCUGUGGAUUUCGUUACAAAACGAAUCACAAUAUACUUAUAAAUCAUAUAUUCCCCAUAUCACCGUCUAUCUUUCAGUGUUCUUUUUUUUAAAAACUCAUUUUCAUCUCUGUUAUCAGUACUUGUCUAUAUUGUCAAGGUUGUUUUAGAUGUCAAGGUCAUUCACUCAGAUCUCAAAUGUUUUGUUAAUAGAAUGAGUCAGAAUUUAUGUCACAGUAUUGUAAAAAGACUUUCUUUUUGUAGAACCACCUUUGUUUGCAAUUAGAAUUGACAUUGCUCAUGAUUAUGCACAUGAUUAUGAUUUAUAUACCCGGUAAAGAACUUGACACUUUAUGUUUUGACUAAACUUGACAUUUGGGGGCUUUAGUUUGAAAGAGCGAUGUUCUUUUGCCAAAGAUCAAUGUUAUUAAGAUCAGAUCUAGUACUCCGAUAUGAUACCUCUCUGCCUUUAGAAGCGAACUUUGUCAAGUGAUUGGGCCGAGGUCGCCAUUAACAUGUAAGAUGCCUGAAACAGUGUCGGUGUGCGCACCCCUCUUCUGGAUCUGCCAGUGCAUUGCACUCAGAAACAACAGGUUACAUAAAAUAUCUACAGCAAUAUGAUUGUCUUAUUUCAUCUACAUUCAGAAAUUAUGUUUUAGUUUGUUUUCGUGAUACAUAACCUGAUAUGCUUUAGAGGCAGAUAUUCGGCCCUAAUUUUGCAGAAAGGUCAGUAAUUUUCAAAUUAGAAUUAUAAUUUCCAAAUCUUGUAAAUAAAGUUAGAACUAAUGUUAUGGCUUUGUUGAGUUCACUUGUAUAUCACUGAUAGCAGGACCAAUACACAGGAAGAGAUUUUAAUGCUUGCCUUUACAUAAUUGCAAUGUUGACAUACCUCUGAAUUUAGGGAAAUAAGUUCCAACUUUAUGAAAAUUAGGAUUUUUUCCCAAUUUGCCUGCCAAGGGAACUUAGAAUUCUAGAAUCCUAAAUAAAUCCAUGAUAUGCUUUGCUCACUUGUACCAAGAAUUUAGAAGCCUUGAUGCUGAUUGGCUGAUUAGAAAGUUCACCUAACAUGACCUCCUAGGGAGGUGUCCUCAAAUCACAGACAGAUAAUAAAAAAAUGUGCCCCCAAAAAUAACCUGACCAAAACUUACAUGAAUAAAAGCAAAUCUAAUAUUUUGUGAUGAGUGGUAUGUGCCCUUUUCUUGUUAAUCAACACAAUUAUUUUGACUCAUCACUUAAAUUUUGAGGUCACUGUCAUGAAUUAUUCAAAAGUUUGUUCGAUACAUGGAACUCUUGAUUUAAGGUUGUUUUGCAGUGUGUAUGUUCUUUUUUGUGAAUAUGAGUUAUUAUUGGCAAAUAGCAAUUGUUGGGACAGGAACGUUACACAUUUGGAGGCAUUUAGGUAAAAGUAGUGCUGCAGUUUUUCCAUUUGUUCAUGUAAUACAAACACUUUCUUGUUCACAUUGUUUUAGCUGAGAUAUGUGAUGCUUGACAUAAAAACAGGGCCCCAUAACUCCCCUUUACAAACCUGGCAAGCCCCUAACAAGACCCUAACACAGUGUAAUGGAAGUGCUAGAAGCUAGUCUUCCUCUUUUCCAUUACUUAUAUGCUUUGUUGAUGUAGAAAUGAUAAGAAGCAUUGUUAUUACCUGCAUGUGUUCAUGUUGAGUUUGCUGUUUUGUUUGCUUUGAUGCUGCUGCAAUGUAUAAUGUCUACAACUUCCUUUGUUUGAAAGUAAUGUUCUUUGUUAAUGUCGCUAUAUAUUUCUUGAAACCAUUUUGCUUUGUUUUUGUAAACAUGCUUAAAAUUACAUUCUUUGUUUAUGCUGAUGCCACGCUAAGGUGAAGAGAGCUGCUGUAAGUGCAAGCCAUCAGAAGAAGUUGUUCAUUGUGGUUUUUCCUGUCAAUGACUACAAUAGAUGAAAGAAAAGGAAGACAAUUACCUCUGGUGUAGUUUAUCCCAGGACCAUGAACUGAAGAUAAAAAGGUUUUAAAAUAUAGGAGCAGAGUAUCUUCAAAGUUAACAUGGAAAACUACUGACCUUGGUAUGUUCCAUUGUGUUCAUUGUAUCCGAGGUGUGUGUAGUGGUGGGUCUCAUGCACAGGUUUGAACCUAGCCUGUAUUCUGCCAUGCUCUGCUUCUAUGCUCUAUGUGAGGGAGGAAUGUACCAUGACAUACUCAGAUGUGAUAUCUUUGAGAUCUGUGACAUUGUUUUUGUAAUCACAUUUUUGUUUUCGAUAACUGUCAACAUUGAGACAUCUUUAUCCUAACUCUUUCAUUCUAUCAAUUGUACAUUAUACUCAGGUCACCCAGGUGCAUGACAUGUACACUAUUUUGAAAAUGGUUUUAAAGUUUCUGUCAAAUUAGAGUAAAUGUCAAAGGUAGGUUCAUGAGGCAUUCACGGAGGUUUCCAUAGCAAUUAGACCUAUGGAAAUAAAAAUGAAAUUUAGUUUUAAUAUUAAAAAUAUUAAAUGGCCCGCAUAUACAGCUUCUGUCAUUGUCAGCCUAUAUAAUCAUCUUCUCAGAAACCACUGGACUGAUGAAGCUGUUCACUUGCUUGUUCCCACUACUGCAGCCAUAUUGAAAACCCAUUAAAGGCUUAACUCAUUAUCCCCUCAGAAACCACUGGACCGAUGAAGCUGAAACUGCACUUGCUUAUUCCCACCAGGUUUGAAUCACACUCCGUCGCAGUGGUGACUCAGCAUAACACCACUGCCACAGGCUAAUUUGCAUAUCACGUGACCAGACUUUUCUCUUGUUUGUAAACAAACACGCUUUUUCAGA